CCAACCAUCCAACCAUCCUACAAUCCAACCAUCCAACCAUCCAACCAUCCAACUAUUCAACCAUCCAACCAUCCAACCAUCCAACCAUCCAACCAUCCAACUAUUCAACCAUCCAACCAUCCAACCAUCCAACCAACCGUCCAACUGUCUANCAACCAUCCAACCAUCCAACCAUCCAACUAUCCAACUGUUCUACCAUCCAACCAUCCAACUAUUAUACCAUCCAACCAUUCCACCAUCCAACCAUUCACCCAUUUCACCAUUCAACUAUCCAACAAUUCCACCAUUCAACUAUUCUACCAUCCAACCAUCCAACCAUUCCACCAUCCAACCAUUCUACCAUCCAAUCAUCCAACUAUUCUACCAUCUAAUCAUCCAACUAUUCUAACAUCAAACCAUCCAACCAACCAACCACCUUACCCUUCAACCAUUCAACCAUCAUCUCAUCCAAUCAUCCAACCAUUCUACUAUCUAAUCAUCCAAUCAACCAAAUUUGAAAACAAAUCGUAGGCUUUCCAGGAAGCUUUGAUUUUUAU